GACGCUGUUUCCGUGCCGGGCGAAAGGAGGCGCGUGGGCACGGCGACGCAAGUCCUCUACAGGUCGGCCAACCGGCUCCCCUCCAGCAGGCGCUCACACACCGUCCGGUCCACGGUUCUGGCUCAGUUCUCGAUUUGUCUCUUUUGUCCUCGUCGUCCAGAAAUGCUGAAGAACGGUCACCACGCACCGGGCGGGAGCGGCGGGGAGCGCGGCGCCGAGAAGAGGAAGCGCGCGGUGCGGGUGUGGUGCGACGGUUGCUAUGAUAUGGUUCACUAUGGUCACUCCAAUCAGCUACGGCAGGCCAAGGCAAUGGGAGAUUAUCUGGUGGUGGGAGUUCACACAGACGAGGAAAUAUCGAAGCAUAAAGGGCCACCGGUGUUCACUCAGGAGGAGCGCUAUAAGAUGGUCCGGGCGAUAAAGUGGGUGGACGAGAUUGUAGAGGGAGCUCCGUAUGUCACAACGCUGGAGACACUAGACAAAUACAACUGUGAUUUCUGCGUCCAUGGAGAUGACAUCACAUUAACAGUGGACGGAAAGGACACAUAUGAAGAAGUUAAGCGUAUGGAGCGGUACAGGGAGUGUAGGCGCACUCAGGGUGUGUCAACCACAGACCUGGUGGGCCGUAUGUUACUGAUGACAAAAGCCCAUCACACCAACAUGGAUAACUCGGAUUAUCAGCAGCAUGCAGAUAACUUUGGCAAGGGUCCUAAAGGCCACAGUCCAUGGACCGGCGUGUCUCAGUUCCUCCAGACGUCUCAGAAAAUCAUUCAGUUUGCCUCAGGGAAAGAGCCCCAGCCAGGAGACACAAUCAUCUACGUCGCUGGAGCAUUCGACCUCUUCCAUAUUGGCCAUGUGGACUUCCUGGAGACGGUGUUCAAACAGGCCGAGAGGCCAUACGUCAUCGUCGGACUGCACUUUGAUCAGGAAGUGAACCGCUACAAAGGAAAGAACUAUCCCAUCAUGAACAUCCACGAGAGAACCCUGAGUGUACUGGCGUGCAGGUAUGUGUCAGAAGUUGUGAUUGGAGCACCGUAUGCUGUGAACAAAGACCUCUUGGAUCAUUUCAGGGUGGAUAUGGUGUGUCACGGUCAGACGGAGGUUUUCCCGGACAAAGAUGGCACUGACCCCUAUGCUGAGCCGAAAAAGAGGGGAAUCUUUCGUAUAAUCAACAGCAGAAAUGGCCUCACAACUGAUGACAUUGUGCAGAGAAUCAUUGAGAACAGGCUGCAGUUUGAGGCUCGAAAUCAGAAGAAAGAAGCUAAGGAGAUGGCUGUGAUCGAGGCCCUAAAGCGCAGAGAGGAUGAAGAGAAGAACCAAGCAGCUGCCCAGUGACAGGCAGACAACAAAAAUGGACACAUCUAAGCAAAAACAAAGGGCUUGACCAGAAAAGCACUGGUUUCACUUUCCACUCCUCAUCUGUUCUUCUGUCUUCUCCUCUCACUGGUUCUAAUACUGUGGUCACUGUAGCAUCAGUCCCUCCCACACUGCACUGCACAGCAGCCUAAGAAGGUUCUUGUCUUUAUUGUGGUGGAAAGGUGAAGAUGAGUGAGUGAAAAAUAACAAUAUUUCAAUCAGUUUGUCUGGGCAGUAAGUGUGUCUUUACUCAAACGCAAUGACAUCAGCAUGAAUUUAAAUCAACAUUAAUCAAAUAAACAACCAACUUUGCUCAAGAAAUACUUUUUAUUCCAAAAAAUGUAUUUGUAUUUAUUGUGUUUGUGUUUUUUUUUUUUUACCAAAAAAAUGCACAUACUGCCCAGGUAAAAUGUUUUAAACAAUUUUAUUAAUCCCAGCAUUAAGCGUGUUAGUUUAAAACCACAGACAAAAACUCUAUUGGGCUGCUUUAAAAAUGAGAAAUUCAAGGCAAAAUAGUUUUUACACUUCUGUUUGAUGGCCGCUGUCCAUCAUAGCUAUUUUUAUGCCUGUUAAAUGGGUAAAAAUGCACACUUUAGUCUCUCCAUCAGAGGGGUUUGUAAAAUAGAUUUAUUUUCUCUUCACUCCUUACGGUAAUCUGAUGCGUCAUUUUAGCUGUGUAUUUUAACGUGCAUUCUGUGGACAGUUCAUACGCACACUUGUGGGAGAAAAACACUUCUUCUUUUACCCAUUUUAGGUUUUUUCGUUUGUAAAGUAGUGCGUUUAUAAGGAGCCAUUUCUAGCUUUUCUGUCUAGUCCUUGUGGGAUGUGUGCUGAGUUCACAUCACUUUACAGAGUUCACAAUUUACAGAUUUACAAGAUUUUACACCUCACCUUAAGUGUAAAGAAUAGUUUGGCAAUGUUUGGUGUCUGAAGUGUGGCUUUGUAUUUUGGCAUUGGAGCUACGAGUUUUAUGUAGCUAACAAGUAUUGGAAACACAGACUGUAGGAUUGUUUAGAGUAAAUGGCUAAUCUGUUUUAUUUGAAACUAUAUGACCUAUUGUUCCAUAUAAAAAUGAUCCUAAAAGAUUUAGUCAAAUAAAUCAGUUUUUAUUCUUGUACCUGUAUCGUGUAACUAUAGUUACUAAUGCAAAACAUGUUUUUUUUGUCAUAAAUUGGCUCCUUCAGUUUAGUGCUUGAGGUAUACGAGCCUAAUGUAGCUAAAACAUGUUCAUCUGUGAUGAUUAAACAUUAAACGCAGUUUGCUCCACGCUCCACGCUUGUAGCUGUAAGUUUCUGUUAAUUGUUAGCUACCUAGCACUACAGAAGCUAACUUUAGACACCAGACAAAUUCAGACAGUCUUGUCUUAUUCACUACAUAUACAGAAAGUGAACGCAGAUGUGGGAAAAUAGGACUUUUAUGGAAUACUGUACUAAUCAUGGGUUUGUGACUGGUGGGGUCUGUUUUUUUAUCCAGUAGAAUGACUGUGAAAUGAUAUAGGAAGAUCACUUUUGUUUUCUGCACACUUCUUUCUCCUCAGCUCUUGUCCAUUUGAACCAACGACUUAAAAAUGGCCUUCAGGUCAUGUUUGGGAUGCUAGGGCUAGGCUAAUUAUGUUGAAAUGGUUCCCAACUGACAUCACUUUCUCAAAAUUAACAUAAACAAAACAAAGUUUAUUGGACAUGUACAUAGGACAUACAUGGUCAUGCAACAUUUAUUUAUCGUGAAUGUUUUGUCUGUAGAGGAAAUUAUUUGCAACAUCUCAAAUAUUAAGGGCACUGAUUUGUUUAGGAAGUUAGUAGAUCCUCUUCUUUGGCAAUUUUGCUAAAAUGGUUCAUUUCUAAACUUCUCAUCAACUCUAAACAAUUUUAGAGUUUUUUUAUAACACAAAAACUAAUGAGCUACAUGUUUAUUGUCUAAAGAGGCUAAUGUUGCUAACGUACCAGAAACCUACAGCCAUAUGUUGGAAUCAUCUAAACUACACACAAACAAACAAACUUGAGCAUGAGACAAUCAGGCAUGCACCAAGUGCCAUGCUAACUGGUAGCUACAGACACAGAGCAUUUUUCCUACUACCAUCUAAUAUUGAUAUGAUUUAGUUGCUUUUAUAUCAGAGUUAUAAGGCAAAUGUAGCUAACAAUUGACGCAUUGUAAGCCUGCAAUUUAGCAUUGUGCUAACUUAUUGAAUACAUCUAAAUCUGUUUGGAUAACAUAGGGAAUUAAUUAAACGUGGUUAGUAGAUUGGGGCAGGCAUGAUAAUCAGAGAAACACCAGAAAUAAUUACACUACCAAUUUUUUCCAUGUAUAACCAGCCCUGUCCCAGUAGCCAUAUAUACAGUUUAUUAUUAUUGUUUAUUAUUUUAGCCUCAUGACUCCAAAGCAUGUAACCUCUGACACUAAACAUAGUUUGGCUGAUGUAGCUUAAAACAUUGUACACUUGAUUUUUGAGAUAAAUAAUUGGUUAUUUUAUUAUUAAAACAUUGUAAACAAGAACUAGAUGUAGUUAAGAGAUUUGCUCCAAUAAUGCAGAGUUUCUAAUGUUUCUAAUGUAAAAUUUCUAAUGAGAAGAAGUCCCAUACACAACUUUUUAGUCAGUAAGUGAUGCUUUUUGAAGUACAAAAUACUGCAAAAUAUCAUUUCUCAAACACUUUUUUAAGUUUAUAUUGUCAGGAAUUGUUCUUUAAAGAACAUCAGUCUAAGGUUUUGCAUAUUCUAAGUUUAAUUGGGGCACUUGAAGGAGAUAACUGAUCCGUCCACUAUCUGAUUUUUGAAUGUAAAUGAAAAGUGAGCAGGUUUACAUUGUGUAAACCGGUUUUACAUGUUUGCUUGUUUGUUUUUUAAUCCCAAAAUCCAUUUAGUUGUGUUCUGUCCAAUACUGUGCUAAUCUGUGUAGGAAGGCUAUUCAUUUGUUUCCAUCAUGAUGUCCCUCUGUCACACCACAUGACUUUCAGCUGAUCCCGUGAAUGCACCAAUAAACUACGUACCAGGUC